GUAGAAAUCUGCCUGAUGCAUCCCCUUGAUGUAGUGAAAACAAGGUUCCAAAUUCAAAGAGGGAAAACUGAUCCGACCAGUUACAAGAGCCUGGGGGACUGUUUUAGGACUAUUUUCCAGCGAGAAGGAUUGCUUGGCUUCUACAAAGGAAUAUUUCCUCCCAUCUUGGCUGAGACACCUAAAAGGGCAGUGAAGUUUUUCACCUUUGAACAAUACAAGAAGCUACUAGGAUAUGCAUCAUUACCGCCAGGACUGGCAUUUGCUGUUGCUGGCUUGGGAUCUGGGUUGACAGAGGCAAUUGUGGUCAACCCUUUUGAAGUAGUAAAGGUUACCUUGCAGGCAAACCGGGAUGUCUUCACAGAGCAACCAUCUAGCUUUGUUCAAGCUCGGCAGAUUAUUAAAUCCGAGGGUCUGGGCUUCCAAGGACUCAACAAAGGUCUUACUGCAACAUUGGGUCGUCACGGAGUUUUUAACAUGGUUUACUUUGGAUUCUACUUCAAUGUGAAAACCAUUCUUCCAGUCAAUAAAGAUCCAAAUUUGGAGUUUUUGAGGAAAUUUGGAAUUGGGCUAGUCUCAGGAACAAUAGCCUCAAUUAUUAACAUUCCUUUUGAUGUUGCAAAAAGUAGGAUUCAAGGACCACAGCCAGUUCCUGGAGAGAUCAAGUACAGAACCUGUUUUAAAACUAUGGCAACAGUCUACAAAGAGGAAGGAUUUCUGGCUCUGUACAAAGGCUUGGUUCCCAAGAUCAUGAGGCUUGGUCCAGGUGGUGCAGUGAUGCUUUUGGUUUACGAAUACGUUUAUGCAUGGCUUCAGGACACAGUUGAUCGCAAAUAGUGCCUCUGAAAUAAUAA